AUGCCUUUACCUUUAGUAUUAGUGAACAUGGACACAGUGAAAUUGGAGGAACAAUCGGAGUUGAAGGCAUGUCGGAUUUGCCUGGCUUGGGAUGUCAAAUUGUAUCACAUUCGCGAGUCUGGCUUAGAUCAAAUGUUCUCGGAAAUUAUGGGAAUUUCGAUUACAGCAUCAGAUGGGCUACCUCAACACUUAUGCAGCUGGUGUCGCACACUGCUGCUAAAAGCAGUGAGGCUGCGAGCUUGCUCAAGACGAUCAGACGGCUUGCUACGACAAGCGCUCACACAGCAACAGUCAAUAACAAACGAAUACAUCCGGACUAUAGACCGUUCUAUACACAAAUUGACACGCACACUCUCGCAAAACUUAAAAACUACCAUCCAGUAUUACUUUGGACAAGACGAAACAUUGGAUAGUGUAAAUGUCCAUCCAGAUAUCGAUAUCAUCAAAGAUGAGAUAGAACCAAACGAAAAUGAUUUGAACAGUAAACAUGAUAAGGUAGAAACAGAUAUAUUACAGAUUAAUAUAAUGGAAACUGACAUCAAAGCGUUUGAUUUAAAUUGCGACGCUACAGCAGACAGUGAUUCUGAUGAAGAUUCUAAAAUGAAUCUUCGAGAAUAUAAAUAUAAAAUGGAAAAUUUUGAGUCAAAACCUGCAUUAGUCGAAGUUAAAAUAGGAACGAGAUUAGAUAAACGUAUAAAGAAUGUCUCAAAAAGACUAAAGGAAGUUAAUGUAGAAACAUUUCAAAAUAAAAAGCGAGAAUCGAAAGCCAAUAAAGUAAGAAAGAAACAUAAGGAAACAAAAGAAGUAAAAACAAAAGCUGUUAAAGAAAAAGAUUCAGAACCAGGAAGGUUUUUUACAAUAGAGGAUAUAGAAGAGUUUGUAAAAAAGCAUAAUUUUGAAAUACAGUAUUUGACUGAGGAAGAAAUGGCGGAGGAUAUGGAAAGGAGAAAAAUGUCGGAUCGGUAUAAGCAUUGCAAGUUUAAAUGUAACUUGUGUUAUAAAGGCUUUCUGACCACCACUACUUUUGAUAAUCAUAUGAAGAAAGAUCAUGAUCCGCGUAACGCAAAGAACGAGUGCCGAUUAUGCCGCGUCAGCUACCGGUACGGGUUCUACCUCAAACAGCACGUGCAGAAUGCGCACCGGCUGCGGCUGCGCUGCGCCGAGUGCGGCGAGGGCGUUUGGGGCAGGAAAGAGUGCGUCGCGCACGCGGCGCGCCACGCCGGGACCACGCGGCAAUGCAAGUACUGCGGGAAGCAUUUCCUUAAGAAAUCGUCGUACACAUGGCAUAUGCGAGCAGCACAUCCCGUCGAGAACUCUGCGCGCGGCUCGUGCGAGCUAUGUGGGGAGAUCUACACAAGUGCCAAGGGACUCAAGGCGCAUAAACUACUUGCACAUAAUAAGCGCUCUGCGCCCGAGUUAGAGUGCGGCAGCUGCCGCGCACAGUUCGACAAUAAGGAGGCUCUGACGAAACACAGACAGCAGCAAGAUGACGGCAAGUGUGAUCCGGACUUAAGCCCGUGUGCGGCGUGCGGCGCGGGCUGCGCAGGCGCCGAGGCGCUGCUACGGCACAUGCAUGCGGCGCACAAUGUCGAAAUCUUCACCUGUGACCUCUGCAACAAAUCCUUUCUAUCCAAGCCUUCGCUCUCGACCCACAUAGACCGCGUCCACCUCGGCAUAAGGCCGUUACAGCACCACCAGCUCACUCAUUACAAGAAGCAUAGCAAUCGCCCCGUGCAGCACAAGAGGCGGGGGCACGACCACAUGUGCGAGCACUGCGGGAAGGCCUACACGCUCACUCAUUACAAGAAGCACAGCAAGCGGCCCGUGCAGCACAAGAGACGGGGGCACGACCACAUGUGCGAGCACUGCGGAAAGGCCUACACGCUCGCACAGUACAAGAAGCACAGCAAGCGGCCCGUGCAGCACAAGAGGCGGGGGCACGACCACAUGUGCGAGCACUGCGGGAAGGCCUACACGCUCCCACAGUACAAGAAGCACAGCAAGCGGCCCGUGCAGCACAAGAGACGGGGGCACGACCACAUGUGCGAGCACUGCGGGAAGACCUACACGGUAAACGCAACACUUACACCUACGAACAUAAAUCGCGUCCACCUCGGCAUAAGACCGUUACAACACCACCAGCUCACACAGUACAAGAAGCACAGCAAGCGCCCCGUGCAGCACAAGAGGCGGGGGCACGACCACAUGUGCGAGCACUGCGGGAAGGCCUACACGCUCCCACAGUACAAGAAGCACAGCAAGCGGCCCGUGCAGCACAAGAGACGGGGGCACGACCACAUGUGCGAGCACUGCGGGAAGACCUACACGGUAAACGCAACACUUACACCUACGAACAUAAAUCGCGUCCACCUCGGCAUAAGACCGUUACAACACCACCAGCUCACACAGUACAAGAAGCACAGCAAGCGCCCCGUGCAGCACAAGAGGCGGGGGCACGACCACAUGUGCGAGCACUGCGGGAAGGCCUACACGCUCCCACAGUACAAGAAGCACAGCAAGCGGCCCGUGCAGCACAAGAGACGGGGGCACGACCACAUGUGCGAGCACUGCGGGAAGGCCUACACGGUAAAAGCAACACAUACACCUGCGAGUAAUGCAAACACAUACACCUGCGAUAAUGCAAACACAGACACACAUCGCGUCCACCUCGGCAUCAGGCCGCUACAACACCACCAGCUCACACAGUACAAGAAGCACAGCAAGCGGCCCGUGCAGCACAAGAGACGGGGGCACGACCACAUGUGCGAGCACUGCGGGAAGACCUACACGCUCACACAGUACAAGAAGCACAGCAAGCGCCCCGUGCAGCACAAGAGGCGGGGGCACGACCACAUGUGCGAGCACUGCGGGAAGGCCUACACGGUAAAAGCAAAACAUACACCUGCGAACACACAUCGCGUCCAUCUCAGCAUAAGGCCGUUACAACACCACCAGCUCCCACAGUACAAGAAGCACAGCAAGCGGCCCGUGCAGCACAAGAGACGGGGGCACGACCACAUGUGCGAGCACUGCGGGAAGGCCUACACGACACAUCAGUUUCUGAAGAAUCAUCAGAUGACGCACACGGGUGAGCGGCCUUUCAAGUGCGACCGCUGCCCUAAAGGGUUCACCACUGCUGUGCAGCUCACGUGGCACACCAGAACACACACGGGGGAGCGUCCAUUCCAGUGCGACCAGUGUCAUCAGGCGUUCAGUCUCGAAGGCAACCUCAGGAGGCACCGCAAAGCGGUGCACCUAGGCCUCCGAAAGAAUGUGCCGUGCCCUCGCUGCGAGAAAACCUUUUCCACUAACUCCACCAUGAAGCUGCACGUCAGAACAGUGCACGACGGAGCGCCCUGGCCGCGCCGGGACCGCAGGCCGAGGAAACAGCCGCCGCAGAUAACAGAAUAGUUUGAUAGAAAACACAUACACCUGCGAUAUCUGUUAAG